GUCGCUGAGGUAAGAGGAAAUCUAUGGCAAACUAUUAUUACUACUUGAUAUCUAAUGAUCAAUGAUCCAAAGAACUGGAUUAAUGUUUCUACAGAACAUGAUUGUGGUCAAUAACUGUUUCUAUUUCCAGGCAUUUUUAGGUGAAUUCUCUAGAUGGUCCAGCAGAAAUCCCAACAAGGACAAGAUUCUCAAGGCUGGAGAUACCCCAGGUGUCAUUGGGACUGACUCUAAUCCUUGGUUCCCAACAUAUGAAAUGAAAAUUGGUGCAAUUACUUUCCAGGUUGCUGUUGGAGAUAUCACUGAAGAAAAUGUAGAUGUUAUUGUAAACUCGACAGCAAGGACAUUUGAUUUGAAAUCAGGUGUGUCAAAAGCAAUUUUAGAAGGGGCUGGACCAGCUGUGGAAAAUGAAUUGACUGCACUAGCUGCACGGGCUCACAGAGGUUUUAUAAUUACACAAGGUGGAGACUUACGGUGUGACAUAAUAAUUCAUGUUCAUGGGGCAGAUGAUGUCAGGAAAACGGUCUCCAGUGUUCUAGAAGAGUGUGAACAGAGGAAUUACACAUCAGUUUCCCUUCCAGCCAUCGGAACAGGAAAUGCUGAACAAGACCCAAGCAUAGUUGCAGAUAAUAUAAUUGAUGCCACUGUAGACUUCACACGGAAAUAUUCCACCCCAUCUUUAGAAACAAUUAAAGUUGUCAUCUUUCUACCUAAGCUGCUAAAUGUAUUCUAUGAGAGCAUGAAAAAAAGAGACACCCUCGCAUCACCUACCCUUCAGGCCACAUUCUACAAGGCUGCACGCCCUUCUUUUUGUUACAAAAGCCCUGCAUGGGAAGGAAGUGUCUCCAUUGAAACCCCUAAAAGAAAAUUUGAAAAGACCUCACGGAUUAGAGUUACACACCUCCCUGUGUCAGCAGGACUUACCCCGGAUGGAUGUGCUGAACAGAAGAGUGUCCUGGAUCACUCUCGCAGGCCUGAUAUAUCUUCCUUUAAAAAUAAUGUUCCUGAACACUGGACUGCCAUGAAUUAUCAACUGUGUUGUACGGUCCAGCUGCUGCCUGAACAAUCAGAAUAUCAAACUGUAAAGGACAAGUUCGCUAAGACUUGUUUUCACUACACAAUAGAGAAGAUUGAGAGAAUACAGAAUAUACCUCUCUGGCACAGCUACCAGACAAAGAAAAAGCUCAUGGAUAUCAAGAAUGGCCACACUGAUAAUGAGAGAGUCCUCUUCCAUGGGACAGAUGCAGCCUCGGUGCCAUAUGUCAAUGAACAUGGCUUUAAUCGCAGCUAUGCUGGGAAGAACAGUGCAGCUUAUGGAAAAGGAACCUAUUUUGCUGUUGAUGCCAGUUAUUCUGCUAACAAUACAUACUCUAAGCCAGACGAGCAGGGGAGAAAGCAUAUGUAUGUUGUGCAAGUCCUUACUGGGAACUACACCAAGGGAAGCGUAGGAUUAAUUAUGCCUCCACCGAAGGACCCUGCCAACCCCACAGAUCUCUUUGACUCUGUCACAGACAAUGCACAACAUCCAUCGCUGUUUGUGGUAUUCUCUGAUAAUCAUGCUUACCCAGAAUAUCUCAUAACUUUCAGAUGUAAAAAUAUAUAUAUUUAAUACCAAA